AUGGUCGCCAUUAUGGUCGUUGGGAUCAUCUUUGCAGCGCAUGGAUACUAUAAGGCGCUCGGAGGACAAGGAUUCCUGAAAGCGAAAAGGGAGGCGGCUAGUCCCAGACAGAAUAAAGGCACACUCGUCUAUCUACCGCUACGCAAGGUGGAAGUCCCCGUCAAGGGACAGACAGAUUGGAGCUUGGUCGGCAGACAGAAGAACGUGCCUUACUACAUUUGUGGGGAUCAACGAAACAGCUGCGAGGCGUUCAAUCAGCCUGACAUAUGCUGUCCAGUUACGAUGGCCUGUUACCCAGCAAAGUUCUCGCUCUCCGGCAUCUUCUGCUGUAACGAUACGAAAACAUCCUUCGAUUGUGAACCUUCAGAAGACGAGCCACCGAAAUGCAUAGAGGGUACUGUUCAAUGCUCAGAAGCAACAGGCGGUGGAUGUUGCCCUUCAACCAAAGAGUGCUCGCCCAACGGAUGCGUACAUGUUGUAAACGCUUCCAUCAUCAGCGCUUCUCCCUCGACUGUUGAAUCUUCUUCAUCCGCGACGAGAGCUAGUAGCGUCGUGGGAACUCCGAUCGUUUUCAUUACUGUGACCGAAGUGCCAGAGGCAACUCAGACUCUUGCCAAAGUAGGAGAAGUGAUGCAGGCACGAGGAUCGGGGGAUUCCAUCGUCAUGAAGCUUUGCGUUCCAUAUUCAACCGUCUAUUUGCUUGUUGGUGUGGCUGUCCUGAUGGGAGUGCUAUGA